CUGCCAUCAUCUUUCCCCCGGUCUUGACCCGUCUUCCUCUGCACCUCCAUUUUCGGCUUGUCAGCUGAUGACGACUGCCAUGACCGAUGAGCCUCAGCCAUGCCCGGUCUGUCUGACGCCCUCCUCAACCUCUCGCGUGGCCCUGCCGUGCGGCCAUGACUGCUGUGUGGACUGCGCCGAGAGAUGGUUGCUGGCGACUGUCCAAGGCGCAACGCCCGGACAGCUGAAUGACAGGGGAGCGGUCGAUGCUGUGUGUCCGGUGGGAGCGGCAGAUGACGGAUGCCCAGCGAUGGACAUCACUGGAGUCAUUCACAAGUGCUCUCAGGACGUCAGAAGCGCCAUCAGUAUGGGGGGGACGAAAGGGAAACACACACGUAUUGCGAUCGAUGUUGUGGCGACGAGGGCCGAGGACAAUCGUGUGGUGUGUGGUGUGUUGAUGCAGGUGCCCGUCUGGUUCGCCUGGCGCUGUGUUCGUGCGACGACGUCGCCGUGUGUCCCUCGUCCUCAUGCGACUAUGUGGGUUUCGUUUCCCCUGGCCAGACGAGUGCCACCUGCGGCAAGUGCGGCCGGUCCUUUCCCCUGUCGGCUGGCCCAGAAGGCCUGACGCACCAGGCGCACCACUUGUUCAGCUCACUCUGGUGAGAGAGAGAAGCAAUGAAGGACGAUUGUGUGGAUUUGACAAUAGUAUGUGUGUGUGUGUGUGUUUGUAUCGUGCGGCUGGCUGCAGGAAGCUGCUAUUCACUCGGCGGUGCCCGAAGUGCAAUGCUCAUGUCGAGAAGGACGGAGGGUGCCUUCACAUGACCUGCGCGAGGUGCCGACAUGACUGGUGCUGGGCCUGCAGCAAACCGUGGUCGCCGGAACACGCCACUCAGUGUGCCUACCCUCUCUCAGCCCCUCUGCUGCAGCUCUCUCUGCCACCCUUCGCCCUCUCGGCACUCAUGUGGUGCGUCAUCCUGGCCACUGGCUGCAUCGCAACGCUCUCCUUCCCCGCCAUCCGGUUGGUUGUGGUCGGCCUCUGCUUCCAUGGCGUGUGCUUCGAGAUGGGCUGCUGGCUGAUUCUCUAUCUCUGGGACAUCAUCAUCAAGGCGCCCAUGGGGCGAGAAGGAAGCCAUCAGCAUCACCACGUGUCGGCUCAGAGGUCGAUCCGUGUACGGUUUCUACGCGACGGCAGGGUGGUGCUGCGCACGCCGCCGCGGCCGUUUUCCGCUUUGCUGCUGUGCGACAGGCGAAGAGCGAAGGAGAGGCAACGGAUACUCCGCAAUCUGCCGUUCGUCGGUGCCGUGAUGGUCGUGUGGGUCGCUGCUGGCGUGGUCUUUCCUCUGGUCCGCACCUCCCUGCUGAGCGUCUUGGUGGUGGUGGUGCUGGGGGGCGGGAAGCGUGUGUGGGUGUGCCUGGUGCAGUGGCGGCAGGUGCGGGAGUAUGUGCGGUACUUCGAGCAGAUGGGCAUCGAUUGCCGAGUGAACAACUCGCUGCACCCGACUGAGCAGGGUGAUGCUGCCGUCAAGCACAGGGACCACUACGACUGACCGCAUUCAUCCGUUCGUCUGUCUGUGUUGAUAGCUAUCGUCGUGUUGAGAUGAGUGAAUGGUUGAAUGAAUGGUUUUCCUUCAGUGUUGGUGUUGCC